AUGAUAUUAGGUAUGCCAGAUGAUCAGCUAACAGUGGCUUUUCCUAUUACAAUCACAGGCAUUGACCAAUGCUUUUCUUUCUUGUCAAAAUGUGGCUCCCUGAGGGCUCUCAUGGUAAUGUUAUACAAUAAGCAGUUUUUACAUGCAAUAAGCAAACUGAAACAUUUAAGGCAUUUAGAUCUUUCAAGAUCUUUAAUUGUUGAACUACCCAAUUCAAUUUGUGACUUGUGGAAUUUGCAAAUUUUAAACCUAAAUGAUUGUCUCAUUCUUUGGAGUCUACCCAAGGGCAUGAAAUUCCUCAGAAAUCUUCGACAUCUUUGUCUACAUGGGUGUUGGAGUUUGACUCACAUGCCAAGUGGAAUUGGGAAGCUAACUUGCCUACGGACGUUGGGUAUGGUCGUCCCGAGUGGCAAAAAAGGCUUCCGACUAAGUGAGUUGCGAGACUUAAAUAUGCUUAAAGGAUGGCUAACAAUUAUGCACCUUGAGAGGAUUGAAGACAAAAAGGAUGCUGAAGAAGCUUGCUUAAUUAAAAAUCAAAGUCUCCGCGGGUUGAAUUUGUAUUGGGAUUCCGAAUUGUAUUGGGAUUCCGAAAGAACGAUUCAAUGGUACAAUGAUAAGGAAGUGCUCGAAGCCCUCAAACCCUGCCCCAACCUUCAACUGCUGCGUGUCCUAGGCUUCAACGGUUCAUCAUUUCCAUCUUGGAUUUCAACUGUAACAGAAGUUGCUGUGAAAGAAAGUGCAGCGGAGUACAUAGUUGGGGCUCGGGAGAGUACUGCCGCUGCUGCUGCAAUGUCCCCAUCGUUGAAACAACUGGAGCUGAUGAACAUGCCCAACCUAAAAGGAGCAUGUUAG